CCGAAACCAAUCACCACUCCACAGUCAAUCCCCUCCUCUCCUCUCCUCUCUCCUCCCGUCUCCUCUGCUCUCAUCACCACCACACUUCGCUUCUCCUCCCAGCCCACCUCUCCUCUCCCCUCCCCUUCCGGCGUGCGCGGUUGCCUGGUUCCUACACCGGCGGGUGCGCUGGCGGCUCCGGGGAUGACCAGGCGGUGCUCGCACUGCAGCCACAACGGCCACAACUCGCGGACGUGCCCCAACCGCGGGGUCAAGAUCUUCGGGGUGCGCCUCACCGAUGGAUCCAUCCGCAAGAGCGCCAGCAUGGGGAACCUCUCCCUGCUCGGGGGAUCCACCAGCGGCGGCGGCGGCGCAUCCCCCGCUGACGUCGGCCACGACGCCGCCGCAGAGGGCUACGCCUCCGACGACUUCGUGCAGGGAUCAUCAUCCGCCAACCGCGAGCGCAAGAAAGGGGUUCCUUGGACUGAAGAAGAACAUCGGAGAUUUUUGCUUGGACUGCAAAAGCUUGGAAAGGGUGAUUGGCGAGGAAUCUCUCGUAAUUUUGUGGUCUCAAGAACACCUACUCAAGUAGCAAGCCAUGCUCAGAAAUAUUUUAUACGCCAAGCCAAUAUGAGCAGAAGGAAGAGAAGGUCUAGCCUCUUUGAUUUGGUGCCUGAUGAGUCAGACCUGCCACCCCUACCUGGUAAUCAAGAACCUGAGGCCCAGAUAUUAAAUCACCCACCAUUACCUCCACCCAUGGAGGAGGAGGAGGUAGAAUCUAUGGAGUCAGAUACUUCUGUCAUUGCAGAGAGUUCUUCCGCUUCUGCUAUCAUGCCUGAGAAUUUGCAGUCGAGCUAUCCGGUGCUAGUUCCAGCAUAUUUCUCACCAUUCUUGCAAUUCUCAGUUCCUUUCUGGCAAAAUCAGAAUGAUGGAGAUGAUCUUGGACAAGGAACACAUGAGAUUGUUAAGCCUGUUCCGGUUCAUUCAAAGAGUCCAAUCAAUGUUGAUGAACUGGUGGGCAUGUCGAAGCUAAGCAUAGGGGAUCCCAAGCAAGAUACGGUAUCUACCUCUCUUUCCUUAAAAAUGGUAGGAGGUCAAAAUAGACAAUCGGCUUUCCAGGCAAAUCUCCCAACGAGGGCUCAGGCCUGAGCCCCCUCAGCACACAAACUGCACUUAGAUGAGCCCUGGCAAAAAUAAGCUUUGCCUCUUUUCCUUUUCUUUUCUUUUUAAGAUUAACUGUGGUCUGUAGUCUGUCCAAUGUACCCUGUGUUGUAAGUUAUGUUAUGUAUGGAUGCAUCUGUUGUUUGUAUGGCACAUGAUAUGCCCAGUGCAUGUUGACAGAAUCAUUAAUGUUAGUGCUGAUCUCCAGGGUUGUACUGCAAACUCUUAUAUAAGAAAAAGAAAUAUCAGUCAGUUAUUGGACC